AUGCAGCACAACGGCCAUUCCCUCAGCAGCCGGUCACCGCCCGCAGCUAACACCAAGUCUAUCCAGCAGCAGAUCCAAAUUCAAAACCAUGAACAGAACCAGACUCAUAGUCAGAAUGACCAGGACUCUGACGACGGCAACCAGCUGCAUAGCGCCGAUGAGAACGACCUUGACCAGGACGAUCAGGAUGUCACCCGUCUUGGGAAACGCAAGAGACCCAUAUCUGUUUCUCGCAAUGGUGCACUGUGCGAGUACAAGGAGCGCAAGAAGCCCGGUCUCCGCGCUGGCUAUGGACGCGAGCUGGAGCAGCGUUUGGACAAACUCGAGGAGAUCCUCAGAGCCCAUGCAGAGAUUCUUCAGGCCACUUUAACCUCCAACCAACACCACGGCACAGCACCAAGCAUACGGAAUAGCAACCCCAGUCUGCCAAGUGACCACGGCACACCGCGGGAAGCCAAUGCCCUGUUUAGGCCGUCCGAGUCGAUCCGGACCCCUCAGGCUGAGACGGCUCUAUUCCUUCAGAAGCCGUCUUCUUAUCCGCCAACUACUCAGUCUAUGGAGUUUGGGAUGCCACCUCCAACUCCUUCUAUGCAUGACUUCCAAGGGCAGAUGCCCAUGACCAGCAUGCCCGCACCGGCUAGCCACGUCUCUGCCAUGUCGCACCCUAGCAGCGCGGCUCAGGAGUACUAUGGGACGAACCAAACACAACUUCAUUCUCCGGACCUUGCCAUGGCGCCGAGCCAGGUCUCGACAACGCCUGAGCAGGAGCUGCCGCCUUAUGAUCUGCUCUAUGCCCUGGUCGAUCUGUACUUCAAGCACAUCAACACUUGGUGUCCUAUUCUUCACAGGAAAACAACACUGGACUCUUUGUUUGGGCCUUCGACUUUGGAGGAAAGCGAUCGUAUUCUCCUCCACGCUAUCGUGGCCACAACGCUGCGGUAUUCGACUGAUUCAAGACUUACCGAAGAGAGCAGGCAACAUUAUCACUCCAUCUCCAAGCAAAGAGUCUUGCUCUUCGGCAUGGAAAACUCUUCAGUCAAAGCCUUGCAAGCCUUGGUAAUUCUUGCUCUCGACCUGGUUGGCAACAGCAAUGGCCCUCCUGGUUGGAACAUCAUGGCCUUGAUUACGAGAUCGGUUGUGCAGCUUGGGUUGGCCGUGGAGAGCACGUCUUUCUCGGUCUCGCCAAACUUCACAUCUAUUUAUACCCUCAGGGCCAUGAUUCUGCCAGAACCUAAAGACUUCAUCGAGGAAGAAUCCAGACGGCGGCUUUUCUGGAUGAUAUAUCUCCUGGAUCGGUACGCCACGCUGGCCACUGCCUUCGAAUUCGCGCUGGAUGACAAGGAGAUCGACAGGACUCUACCAUGUCGAGAUGAUCUGUGGAUAAAGAAUCAAAAGGUCGAGACACGGUGGUUCCGAACCCAUGACCACCCGGAGGACACGAAUCCAGAGUACGACAUUAAUAAGCCAGAGAACCUAGGAGCUUUCUCGUACUACAUAGAGAUCCUAGCGAUACUGUCCAAGAUCCACAAGUUUCUGAAGCAACCCGUUGACAUCAGCGCUUUGAGCGACGUGGAGCAGUGGCAGAUGCGGUACAAGGAGCUGGACAACAUGCUUACUUCAUGGAAGUUCGGUCUUCCCGGUGAAUACGGCAAUAUGGCCAAGCUAUUUCAGCCCGGAAACAAGACGCUGAACUGCGGAUGGGUGAUGCUGCAUGCCACCUAUCACACUGCGGUGAUACGGCUGCACUCCUCGGCUGCAUAUCCCACCACUCGGUCACCAAUUUUCACUCCUUCAUACAGUGCUUCGCAGCGUUGUCAUGGUGCGGUCGAAAAUAUCGCGGCUCUGGGCGAGUUCGUCGUCAAUAACGGGCUUUUGGCAAAGCUCGGCCCGCCUUUCGCCUUCACUCUAUGGGUUGCCUCGCGUUUACUGCUCGUCCACGGCUCUACCGUAGAGCAUAAGCUAUCCCCCCAGAUCCGGUUCUUCGUGGAGACAUUGCGAGAAAUGGGGCGCUACUGGCCGGUGGCAGCGCGCUACUGCCUUCUUCUGCAACGUGUCCUCGAUGAACACCGCGAUAGUGAGCGGCAAGGCGAUGGUGUCACUCCCAGUUCGGUCAAGAUACUGGCUGACAUGCGGCGCACGGCGUUUGACCUCGAUUUUCUCAUUUCUCGACAACCACGUGCGAAUGGUAUGCCUAACCAUAGCCGUCUACCAAGCGUUACGCCAGCGAGGACGCCAGCACCAAAUGAGCUUGAGUAUCUGGACGUCUUUGAUUUCUUCAACGUGCCACGGUUGCCAGUAGGCAAUGAGAACAUCGUCGGCAUCCAGCACGGCAUGAGUAACGCUAAUGGGCAGAACGGAGCUCCGUCUGGGAUGGACGGUAGCAGUGAAAAUGGUAGCACAAAUGCCCCAGCUCCGCAAGGCAACGAGUUCAACAUUACAAACUUCAUGGUCGACGCAAAUAGCGAUUGGCUAUUUAAGCAGGAGGGUGCCAAGUUCCUCUCGUAA